AUGGAACAUAGUGAUGGUAUAGAGGUAGAUGGUUUGGGAAACACUAUCAAGAAUGUUACCCAGUCUGUUGAAUCUUCCAAGUAUAUCACAAUCAAUGACUUGCCUAAUGAAAUAUUGAUACAGGUGUUUUCUAACUUAGACCCUAUACAGUUGUGCUCGAUGAGAUUGGUUUGCAGACACUGGAAUCAUGCUGUGCUGGAUAGAUCUACGUGGAUAAAGUCCUUUGGAUUAAAGUUUGGUACCAGACUGACAUUUCCUAGUGUAAGUAACUCCAAGCUUUGGAUACUGGAAUAUUUAUACCGGUUGAAAAUGUACAAGAAGUGGAAGAAAGCCAUAGCAACACACAAGAACUAUCAGUUAUUGAACAAUGAAUAUGGGUUGGUGGAUUUUGCCUUGACAAAUUUUGCCCAGGAUAAGCUAUUGACGUUUGCAAGGAUCAGUGGAGAUAUUUCGAUGUGUAAUUUGAACAAUGGUAAGAACCAAACGUUCAUACCAGGGAAUCACUUAUUAACGCAGAUAACAUGCUACUCAGUUAACUGGACUUAUUUGUUAGUUGGAAAAUUGAAUGGAGAGUUGUUUUUAAAGAAUUUGAUAACUUCUACCUCAUCUGGUUCAAACCGGUCAUCGCUUAUACAGUUUGAAGAUGAACAGGGUUCUCGGGACGAUACAAUAACUGGAUGUUGUUUGAACUACCAUUUCGACAAACGUAAAGAGAGUAUUGAUUGCAUUUCUACUACAAUAAAAGGAAGCGUGAAAUGUUGGAAUUUAGGUGGGAAGCUACUUAAGAAAGUGAAAUUAGACGAACCCAUAAUAGCAGUCAAGUCAGAUUUUAAGAAUUACAUUAUAGCACAAGGACAAGAGAAGACUUUUAUAGUUCACUUCCGUACAUUUGAAAUCAUCAGCAUCGAUCUUGGUAUUUCACUCGAAAAUUUUGAGAACAGCUUCGUUGAUGUGGAUUAUGGUGAUUCAAACAUCGUUAUUUGUUAUGAGUCAACAAUUAAGGUGGUCAAUUUUAAAAACUUAGGAAACAUAAGACUCAAAGAGGUUAUGUUACCUAGCGAUGUAAGUAUUCUUGAAAGCAAAUUUCAAACUGUACCGUACAAUAAAUUGCACAGCAGAGAUUCAGAAAUUGCUGGUAGUGACGGGCUAAUGUGUGCCAACAUCUUAUCAGAUGAUACAGUAAUAGUUUGGAACAUUAGGGAACCGGCUACUCAAAUCGUUCCACAGUGUACAAUUACACCCAUAUUUAACAAGCAUCAUCCUGCAAUACCUAAUGAUCGUACAUACGCUACUUCAAUCGCAUUAAACAGUUCAAUUAUAGCCAUAGGAGGAUACAAUGGGUUUACUAAUUUAUACAACGUAUUUACAGGUGACUAUAUAAGAGAGUGCUCCAUUAAGUUUCCAAAGAGACUUAGCCACAUGUAUCUGCAUACCAUUCCUAUAAAGGAUAUCCAGUUGAAUGAUAGUCCCACAGCAUCUAAUGGUAUAAUAAUAUGCGGUGAUGCGAUUCAGUACUUUCAGUUUGGUGAUCCAAAGCAACAGUCAACUACCACGGCUAAAAAGAGGUUGAAUGUGGGGCCUUCCAACAAACAGGUUGUUCAUCAAAAUAUCAAAGACGAAAUAGAUGAUUACGAAAAUUUACAGGAAUCUAAACGCAAAAGAGAGUUACUUUUUGCAAAGUACAAUGGUGACAAUUAUGAUGAUAAUGAUGACGAGCUUUCAAUAGCUAUUGCAAUGAGUGAGAGUUUUCAAAAUUCCAGUGGUUCUAAUGUAGGAAGUAUUGAGAAUGAUGAAGAUGCCCAGCUCAAAUUAGCAAUUGAACUUUCAAAAUCAACCGAGACAGAGCCGGUUAAUGAUGACGAUUUAGAGCAGAUAUUAAGGCUAUCAUUAAUAGAUCAAUAG